CACACAUCCCAGGAAAUGAUAGAAGGUGGAAUUACAUCCAGGAUGUCAGGAAUAAUUGAGAAUGCUGGGCAUCAUCCGUCUCCACAAGAUUACAGGCUUCUGACCACGGACCCCUCCCAGCUGAGGGAGGAGGACCUCCCUGGGGACCUGCAGUCUCUGUCAUGGCUCACCUCUGUGGAUGUGCCCCGACUACAGCAGAUGGCUGAUGGCCGAGGCCACAGUAACGGGCCCUCCCAGGGCAGCUUGUUGGAGCAACAGACAGCUCAGCUGAACAACAUGACGAUGACAGCGGGUCAAGGCUCCAUGCUUCACCUCCAAAGCAACAUGCAGCACAGCCCUCUGGGAAUCAGCAUCAUCAACACGCACAGUGGAAGCAUGUCUCCGUUCUCCAUGAAUGGGUUGCCCUCUCCGGGAUACCAGUGCCCUACCUCAGUCUACCAGCCUGCACCCCAGCAGGUGUACUCUCUAACCCAAACUGGACAACAGUGUUCAACCGGUGGGCUUUACAGCAAUGUCUCUUUCAACAACCAAAGUCUAUUCACACAACCUCGCCUGGCUCCACAAGAACAGGAGCUGCAACCCAAGUCUUUCCCCAAGCCAAUCUAUUCCUACAGCUGUUUGAUUGCCAUGGCUCUGAAAAACAGCAAAACUGGCAGCCUCCCAGUCAGUGAGAUCUAUAGCUUUAUGAAGGAACACUUUCCUUAUUUCAAGACUGCCCCUGAUGGAUGGAAGAAUUCAGUCAGACACAACCUGUCCUUAAACAAAUGCUUUGAGAAAGUGGAGAACAAGAUGAGCAGCUCAUCCCGUAAGGGCUGUCUAUGGGCGCUGAACCCUGCCAAAAUUGACAAGAUGGAGGAAGAGAUGCAGAAGUGGAAACGCAAGGACCUCCCAGCCAUCCGCCGCAGCAUGGCUAACCCUGACGAGUUGGACAAAUUGAUCACAGACCGCCCGGAGAACUGCAGACGUAAGGCUUUAGAGGCCGGCAUGACCCGGCUGCCCAGCUGUCCAACUGGCCUCCAGAUGCCCAUCACAGCCCAGAUGCAGCCUCAACCUAUAGUCACGCUUUCCCUGCCCUGCUUACCCAUGCACCAGCACCACCAGCUUCAGGCCCAGCUCCAGGCUCAGGCCCGCCUGGGCCCCAUGUCCCCUGCCCCGGCCCAGACACCUCCCCUUCACGCGGUCCCUGACCUUUCCCACAGUCCACUCACCCAGCAACCGAGCCAGCCGCCAGACGAUUUCUACAGUGUGCAUAGUGAUACACACACAGAGGUGGAUGCACUGGACCCUAGCAUCAUGGACUUUGCCCUUCAAGGUAAUCUGUGGGAGGAAAUGAAGGACGACAGCUUUAACCUGGAUGCCUUGGGUACCUUCAGUAACUCACCUCUCCGACUAUCAGACUGUGACUUGGGAACAGCCAACCUCCCUCCUGUCUCCACUGGAGCAAACCUGCCGCUGUCAGAUGUGCAAGUGACAGGCCUUUACACCUCCUACACCUCCCAGGAUCCCUUGUCUUCCCAGUACAUGGUCACACCAGCCAACAGCAAGCCUAUUGCGCUGUUAUAAAGCAGGUGUUCUGUCACCCUGAUUUAUUCUUUGGAUAUCUGUGGACUCCACCUGAAGAAGAGGUUUGAGGUCAAAGUCUGAAUUCUGGUUUCAUGUGUGCUACUGAAAGUACAAAUCACACUGCUUUCCUGCAGUCAGCUGGGAACUACUUGGAGAAGGAUGUUUUAAAAUCAUUUCACACAAAGGCCACAAGAAAACUGCUCAUUAAGAACUAAAACUGCUGAUAAAUAAAGAGGUGGCGGUGUGAAAAUGUAAGAAAUAAAAUAUCUAGCUUUGCCAAGCAAAGACUCAAAAGCCUGUACCAGUUCAAAGACUCUAUGUGGAGAUGUACGUGUAAGUUAGCAUCCGGCAGUUUUUCUACUGUUCACUCUGCGUUUUAAAGCCCUAUCAUAUUGUAGCUCCCCCAUCUCUUGUCUGUUGUAUUGUGUUAGAUAUUAUUGAUGUGAUGUUUUAUUUAUAUUUAUAAAAGGCAGCUGGAGAAGGUGAUGACUCUAUCAAUCUUUUGCUGUAUAUAUUUGAAUGUUUCAAACUGCUAUUGCCACAGAAAAGCUUUCUUUCGACUGUAUUUACCCACUUCUCUCCAAAAUGCCGAUGUGUGCCAACACUUUGAGUAAUCCGGAUUUUUACACAUUAUUCUUUUACACACUGUGAUUAACGUGUCUCAAAGUCA